CACAAACAGCGCUCCUGUCGGUUAGGGUCAGUCGCACGUGGGUUCAGUGGUUUUUCUAUAUUUGAGUCUCGGUAAGUUUUAAAAAAUAUGCCGAAGAGAAGGAAAGCUGCUCCAGAGGAGAACUCUGCUUCCGAAGCGGGAGAGGAGCAGGUGGAGACCAGACGGACCCGCAGCGGCCGCGCGGUGCGCACUCCUUCCUCCAAAGUCCCGGUGAGGACCCCCGGCAGGAGGACCAGGAGGUCGGUCCUCCAAGAGCUGCCGGCGGCGGAGGAACAAAACACGGAGAGUCCGGAGCGCAGACCUGAGAGUCCCGUCAAGAAGUCCAGCCUGUCGGAACCGGAGCCAGAAGAACCGCCGAAAGAGGACGAGGAGGGUUCUACAGCGGAGACAGAUCCAAACCUCCAGAUACCCAGACCCGCACCGGCAGAAACAGUACCUGAGGGUUCAGAACCGAUCCCGAAGAAGAAACCUGCUCUGGAGCCAAACACCAAACCGAUCCCUCUGGGAAAACCCAAAUCAGGCAGAGUGUGGAAGGACCGGAACAAGCAGAGGUUCUCCUCCCUGGUCCGAGACAAGCCCCUGUGCUCCUCCUGGGAGAAGAAGAUGGAGGCCAAGCGAGAGAAGGACCUCGUCAAACAGUUUACUGCGAGGCUGAAAGAGGAGAAGGCCCAGAAGAAAGAGGAAAAGAGGAAAAGAAGAGAGGAGAACCUGAAACGCCGUGCAGAGAACGAACGCAAAGCAGAGAUUGUCCAAGUGAUCCGGAACACGGCGAAGAUCAAGCGGAUGAAGAAGAAACAUUUCAGGAAAAUAGAGAAGCGAGACACACUGGCUCUGCUGCAGAAGUCUCAGAAGCAGAACGUGAAAACCAAAAAAACACAAAAGGACUCGGAGCACGACUUAACCUAAAGGCUACCUGACAAUAAAACACACCUGGUCAGUGU